AUGAUCAACGAUAAUCAAAAUGAACAAAACAAAGAAGUUCAAUCCCAAAAAGAAACUGUUUCCGAGCAAACAACCGCUAGUAGCCAAGAAAAAACCAUCCCCUCUGCUCCUUCGGAUAAAUUUAACCAAGAUACUUAUUUUGCUUUGUCUUCUACCCAAUUCGAAAAACUAAAAUCAAUUUCGGAAAAGAUUUUUAAAUCAACUGAGGAAGUUUUAUUAGCUGAAACUGGUCUUCCUCUGGCUCCGGAAUUAACGUUUUACGCUAAAUAUUUGUUAAAAAAACUUGGUUCCCGAAUAGCAAUUGUGGUGAUAAGAGCGGAUUAUAAAGAAUGGUAUGAAGAAUUAAAUCGAUUAUUAACACAAAUCGAAGACUUGGUAGAGCGAGCUGAAUUAGUGCUUAAAGUAGCUAAAUUAGGCUUACCACAAAUUCCUUCCUUUGAGGCUUUAUUUAUUUCCGGAGACAAAGCAUUUCUUGCUACCCUAAGAAACCAAGAUACCAGUGGCGUCAUUCCUCCGACUUACGUUUUAUCCAGGAGUGAUUUAACCAAAAAUUUUGCUUUGCUUCCGAAAGAUAAAGCGGUUCUAAAACCCGGUGAUUUGUCCCGCGGAGAAGGAAUCAAGUUUGGAAAACAUUUUGCUGAAAAGGCUUGGCAAGCGGAGAUUGAAACUGCGACUAAUUCUCCUGAUGGCCUGGUCCAGGGGGUUGCUUCACGAGUUUCGGCUAGUGAAGUAAUAAACGUAGCUAAGGGCGGAACUUCCCAAGCAGUUAUUUUGCAAGGAGCAAAAAAGGAACAACAAGAAAAGUGGCAAAGCCGAAUAGAGGUUCCUCUGAAAAGAAUAUAG